CCGACGACGAUGGAGACCCAAAGCGACGAGAUCAUUUCGAUCUCGCACGUCGCGCUACCCCAUGCGAUCGUCAGUUUCAGCACCGAGAUGCAGACCACGGCGGCCGCACCCCCUGGGCUCGACCUUCCUGGCCACGGGCACGUCGGUGGGGACUCGUGCGCUCCAGGUGCAUCCACCAGCUGGAGCAGGCCGCGGCUCUCGGGCCAAGCCGCCCGGCCUGCGGCCAGCUCCAGCGCGGCCGACGUCGCCUGCCUCAGCAUGCUGCAGCGAGACGCCCUCGUCGACAGCCUGGCCAGGAUCGAGCAAAACGCCCUCGGCAUGGUGGCCGCGCUGGCUGGGGCAGCACUGCCGCGGACCACGUCGCAGGCGGAGGCGCGGGAGAAGGGCCCCCUGCGCAGCCCCUUGGAGUUGCCCCAUCCUGCCUCGGACCGCUAUACGGGGCCCUGGAGUGCCUGCUUGGGGCCCGGGGAGGGCACAGGUCGAGCCGGCUUCAUGCGGGCACUCUUUGAGAGGCACGUGAAGGCGCGGGGCGACGUUCACCUGGCAUACGGCCUUGCCACGGUCGCGGGCCAGCUACAGGCACCCCUCGACCAGGGACGCUGGUCGAUGGCGCGGCUGCUCACGCACCUCCCAGAGCCUCCACGGUGCUCGUUCGGCCAGGUCCCAGCGCACGAUGCUCUGCGCCCGCUCGGCCGGCUGUCCUGCCCGAGCUGGACCGCGGCCGCAAUGGCCUUCGUCAAGGGCGCGGCCGCCCUCAGCGAGAGCCGCCUGGGCAUCGCAGGGGACGACCGGGAGCCGCGGCAGCACCGCUUGGACGAGUGGUGCUCUUCGCUGCCCGCUUGCCUGCUCCAGUUGCGUCUGGCACUCGGAGCGCGGUUGGCUUCUGCAGGGGCCGCCAAGCACCGGGGCAGCUUUGUGGCGACCACGACCGCCCAGAGAUGGAUCGGCGUCGCGUCUCCAGCUCCAGCUCCCAGCAGUGUCCGCCUCCGCAUCCUUGGAAACCUGACGAGCGGACAGGCCCUCAGCUGCGAGCAGACAUGGACCGUGGCCGAGCAGAUAAGGAAGGGAGAACUCAGCCGCCGCCCGCCCAUCUCAACGGGCGGCCGCGGCACGGCUAAGCUGCAUGCGGUGGCCGACUGCGCGGCCGGGACCUUGCGGGCGCAGCCAGGAGACGAGCUUCUUGCGCCCGCGAAGCUUUUCGGGGGAGAUUCCAUUGCGGAUGGCGCGGGCCUCACCCUCGCCAGCUGGAGGGUGCGCGAGCGCACAGUUCUGUUCGCUCUGAUUGCUGAGCCCAUGCUGGAUCAGUACCGCCAGAAGCUACGGGCCGCCUCGCCGCCCUGCCCGUCGCGGAAGGCGGUCAAGCAGAUCGCCUCCGCCUCGCUCAACGCCUGCAGCUCGGCCUGCUGUUGGAGCCGCCUGAGGACGCUGGAGUCGUUCCACCCAUCCCCGCCCAGGGCGGAGCUGAAGGCGGAGAACGCGCAGCUGAGGAAGGAGGCGCAGGGGGCGCAGCUGCUGCGGAGGGAGGAGCAGGCGCGCCUUCAGGCGGAAAAUGCGCAGCUGAGGGCGGAGAAGGCGGAAAAGAAGAAGAAGAAGGGCUGCCCAGACUGCGCGCCAGUGGUGCACUGCGAUUGCCCUCCCGUGGAGCCAACCAGCUUCAAGGAGGUGAUCCACGAGCGCACGCCGGCGCUGGAGCAGGCGGGUCUGCUCGCCGGGGUCCUGGCCACAGGCGUCCUCAUCGGGGUGCAGCUCGAGCGCCUCGCGCCAGGCACUGGCGCCGGGCGGUGCGCCAGGAGGAGGCCAGCUGCCCAUGCAGGCUGGCUCGCAGGCGACGCAGCAGCUCGGCGAGCCCACGCCCGCGGUCGAGGCGCUCGACCUCGUGGAGUUGGCCAGGGCUCAGUCGGCAGCCGCGCGUGCCCGACGGGCUGCUCGUGCUCAGUGAUGGCGGCAGCAGCCGCUGGUGGCCACCCCCUCGGCCUGGUGGAGGGGGAGUUCUUCGCCAUGCGGUACAACGUCGGCGGACCUGAGCUCUGGCAUGUGCGAUGCUGCGUUGGCACACCGCUCACUUACCUCGUGGGCUUGGGCGUCAUGACCCCAGACCUUGAUGAGUAUGAGGAGGAGCUGCUGCGCGGUGGGGAUGUGCUCGACUGGGUCAGGCUUCCCGGCCCCGAUUCGAUUGUGGCGCAGGCUGGUCCGCACGCCGCCUACCACAGGUUCCGUGUGCUGCCGACGGUCGCCGAGCUCACCCUGGCGCGCGUGCAGUGCCACCGCCGAAUGGGGCUGGAGCCCCCGGCGGGCGUCGUCCAUCCGCUGGUGGGCGGGGCACCCGUGGCUGGCGCACCCGCUGGGGGAGAUGCCGCUGCGGCGGCCCCGCCGGCGAUGCUGCGCCAGCCGCUGCACCUCCGCCCGCCCCCCUGCUCGCGGCCGGCGCCCCUGGAGGGGUCGCCGCCGCGGGCGGGGGUGUCCCCGCCCCUGGAGGGGGCCUCGCUCGCCUCGCCGCUGCCCUCGGUCCUGCGCCCGGGCCCGCUGUCCCUCCCGCUCAGGCCGCGGGGGCAGGAGGCCCUGUCGCGCCGGCCGCCGCGGCGGCGUUUGGAGCUCCUCCAUGCGCGGCCGCUGCGCCUCCCCCGGCCGUCGGUGCUCAUGGCGACGCUCGGACUUGUCCUGUGCUGCACGAUGCCACUGGCGGUCGUUUUCGGGUUGCUGGAGACCCUGGCGUGCUAUGACCAGCUUAACCUGCCAAAUGUUGCUUCGGCCGAAUUGGCCGCCCGUGAGCUCCAGGUGGCCGAGGGGCGCCACCGGGGCAAGAUCGCGGGGGGAAGUGAUGAUCGCUUCGACACCCACCUCGCGCGAGGCACGGACCUUGUGCGCGGUAACCUUUGUAUCAUGCCCGCUUUCACUGAGUGGAUCGCCAGUGAGCUUUCGAAGGAAUACUCCGCGAUGAAGGAGCGCCGGAAGGCACGCGAGGAGCGUGUCCUGGCGCGCCCAAAGAAGGGCCCCGAGGGCAACAGAGAGCAGGAGCAGGGGCGAUGCUUCCCCGGCCAGCGGCGUCUCCGGGCGGCCAGCCUGCACGAGCUGAAAUCAACUGCUCAGAGGCGUCUGCCCAGUGUCCUGCUCGGCAUCGGGACAUCUUUCCGCUCCCUGCUCCUGGCGCUGGCUCUAACGCCCGCGUUAAGGCACCUCUCUCACGACGGACUGCCGGCUGUGUCCCUCCAGCGCGCGUCGGACACGGCGGGCGCUGGGUACGUCGAUAAUUUCAUGAUUCUUGGCUCGGAUCGAGCCGCAGUCACCAACGGAUCUACGGUGCCGGUGAAGGCCAAAAACCUGUGGCGUCUUCGGUGCGGUAUCGAGGCCGUGCUCAGGCGCGGGGUGUGCAGCGGCUCGGCUCUGCAGGUAAUCAUGGGGCACAUCACCUGGAUUGCGCUUCUUCGGAGAGAGCCGGACACCUCCGGUGGCGCUCACGACUCUCGGCAUGGCGCCGAAGGCCGCUCGCGGGAGGCGGGCGCGGACGAAGGCUCGACCAACGGGCAGCGGGCGCCGUCAGCGACCCGCCAGGCGAAGCAGCGACAGGCGUGCGGCAACCUCAGCCUGCUGGAGCGCCUGGCCGUCAAGCCGGGCACCGAGCGCUUGUACCUGGGCGCAGCCGCCGCAUUCGCCAGCUUCUGCCAGAGCAUCGGGGCGGACUGGAGCUCGCCGCAGGAGCUGGACACCCUCCUGGUCUCGCAUUUCAGCGCGGAGUUCCUGGAGGGGUCGAGCGUCGAGGAGGCCUCGAAGCUGCUGGCGAGCCUGUCGCACUUCCUCCCGGAGCUCGACAAGGCGACGGCCGAGAAGCUCCCCAGAGCGACCCGCUGUCUGGUGGCAUGGCGGCGGAGGGUGCCUCCGCGCAUGAGGCCCCCGCUCUCUCGAGCGGCAGCCCUUGCCCUGGCGGGCUGCCUUCGCCACUUGGGCCACCCGCGUAUGUGCAUCUGGGUGGCGCUCGCGUUCAUCGCCUACCUGCGGCCGCUCGAGACGUUCCAGCUGCGCGGCUCGCACUUGGUGGCGCCGAAGAUCGCGGCUGGCCGCCAGUGCAGCUCGCGGGGACUGCCCCUCCACGACGCGUCGGUCGGAGACCCGAGCAAGACGGGCAUGUUCGACGCAGCUGUCCUGCUCGACCGCUGCGACUGGCUGUUGCCCUCGCUGGAGGCCCUCAAGGCCCAGUCGCAUCCCGGCGGCAGCCUCUGGGACAUCUCACCCGCGGAGCUGCAGCGCCUCUUCGCGUCGCUGGUGCAGAUCCUCGGCCUCGACCCGCUGUCGCCUCACCUCUACUCGCUGAGGCGCGGCGGCGCGAGCGACGACCUCGUGACCGGCUCCAGAUGCCAAGAGGAGGUCAAGGUCCGAGGCCAGUGGGCCACCCUCGCCAGUCUCAAGAGGUACGGCAAGACCACGCGCCUCCUCCUGGAGAUGGCGAAGGUGCCCGAGGACGUAUUUGUGCUGGGACGCGCCGUGGAGGCGAACUUCAGCAACGUGAUGUCCGAGGGCUUCGGCUUCGCGGGCCCGCUGUCGGCGGUGCGGCUGCCCUCGCGCCUCGCCGCUGCUUUGGGCCCAGGCAGCGCCAUCCGCCGCGGCCUGCCAACGAUUUCUCCGAGGGCGAAGUCCGCAGGUAUCUACGGCGCUGCUUCAGGGCCAGCGCUAUUCCGCAAGUCCGUUCCAUGA